AUGUGGUUUUCUACAAUUAUUAUUUUCUUAUUUUUACAAAUAAAUACUUUUCUUCAAGCUGAUGAUAGUAUUUGUCAAACACAAUCCAUGUUUGAUUUUGUUCGUGAUUCAUUACCAAAAAUAUGUUUCGAUUCUGAUUCAGCUGGUUUUUUAAAUUAUUCAAUGGAUAAUGUCGAAUUUUAUAAUGCACAUUGUCGUAUAUAUCAAGAUAUAAAACAAUGUUUAGAAACAAAAUUAAAAAAUUGUAAUACUAUACAACCUGGUUUUAAUCGACAUAUAUUAAAUUUAAUUGAAAGUUAUCCAUUACCAUUAGAAUAUUUUGAUCAUGAUAUAAAAAUUUAUGACAAUGAUCAUUAUUUACAAAAUUUAGUACCAUUUUGUGAUGGAAAUAAACUUUCAAAUCAUUUUUCACAACAAUUUAAUCGUUCAUUAUUAAAUUGUUUAACAAAAACAACUUUAACAAAACAUAAACAAUGUUUAGCAAUAUUUAAACAAAAUAUUCAAAUGACAUUACAAACAAAAGCAUCAUUAAAUGAAAUAACGAAAUGGUCAGAAGAUUUUCUUCGAUGUAUUUAUAAUUCAAUCCCAACACAUUGUUCAACAGCAACAAAAGAAGUAUUUGUUUUUAAAGAAUUAUUAGCUGUACGUGAUAAAUAUAAUUCAUCAACACCCACAUCAUUAAAUAUCACAAAAAUUGUUAAACAAAAAUUACCAAGUCAAAAUGUUGAAGGAUUUGCACAAUCAAAACGAGCUACGUCAUCUAUUCAUGGUGAUCCACAUAUUAUUUCACUUCAUACAACAAAAGCAAUAACAUGUAAAUUAUUAAACAAUCGUACAUAUAUAUCUAAUCCUCAUUUUAAAAUAACUGGUAUAUCGAAAUAUGUUGGUGAUCCUGAAUUAACAGCUACAGCCCUAACAUCUUUACAAAUUGAUUUUUUUAAUUCAAAUGGUAGUUUAAUUGCAUAUUAUAGAGCAUUAAAUGGAAAAUUACCAUUAGAAUUAAUCUAUCUUGAUACAUUAUCAACAUCAAUUAUAAAAAUUGAUAAUAGUGAAAAACAUUCAAAUCAAGGUCAUAUAACAUUAAAUCAUAUUCCAACAUCGACACAAAUAAUUGUUAAUAUAUGGUCAAAAUUUUAUUUUUUUCUUAUUCGUUCAUCUGAAUUAUUAUUAAAUAAUUCUGAUGGAUAUUUAAUAACAGGUUGUCCACAAAAUGAAAUUAUUGAUCGACAAGCAAUAAUAACACGUUUAAAAGAACGUUUUGCACAAAGUCAACGACAAAUUUCUAUUGUUACAACACGUCAACGUCGUCAAAUAAUUUUAUAUGAAUCAAAAUUAUCAGAACAAUGUGAACAUAUUUGUUCAUCAAAUGAAAAUGAUUUUAUUGAUGAAUGUAUAUUUGAUUGUUUAGCAUUAGCAACAAUAAAUAUUACACAAGCAUUAAAUGUUAAUCAAAUGCAUAUUAAAACAAGUCGAGAACGACAACAACUUAUUGAAAAUGAUAAACGUAUUGUUCAUGAAUUUAAAGAAUGUUAUAAAAAAGGUUUAAUAUGUAAAAAAAUGGAAGAUCCUGAUUUAAUAAAAGAUCACGGAAUAAUAAAACAAACUUCUCUAUUAAUAAUAAUUAUUAUGUUAUGCUUUAUUUUAUUAUUGAAAUAA